GUGAUCUCAAGCGGAUGUGUUGUUCGUAGUACAUAAUUCGUUGGUUUGUUUUGUAGACGCUCGCCAGUCAGCCAACCAGACAGCCAACCAGCCAUACGCUUACCACGUCGAGCCAACACAGAUCGAUUUCGGUUUAUUGGCAUUAAUAAGUGACAAAUCGUUUGAUUAAUAAGUGUUUUUAAACAAUUUUAAAUAAAUUUCGGUUUGAUAAGAAUUUGUAAACGGCGAAAUUGUGCUAAAAAAAAAUAUAUAAAAUAAAAGCGGAACAAAAAAAAAACUUGGUUUAAAAUACUGACCACUGACGUCCGGUGCUUUUCGGUUUUGUUGUUCAUUUAAUGCAGAAAGCGCGGGCAGGCGGUCGCAUUAGUCAUUAAUUAAAAGUUAAUUAAGCGUUGCGAGCGUACGAACAAAGGUGACAAGCUAAUUUGAGCGUGAAAAUAAGUUGAAAAGAAAAACAAAAACAAAUAUCAUUAAAAAGUACACUAGCAACAAAAAACAAAAAAAUUACAAAAAAAUUGCAGCAAAUUGUGUGAAGAAAUUUUGAAGCAACAAAUCACAAGCGCAGUGACUACCUUUCAACCAAACAGCGCUGCCUCAAAAAUUAUGUGGUUUUUAAUACAGUGAAACUGAAACAGCAUGUUUUCUGACUUAUUCCAAACUUGCAUUAUCAUCCAAAGUGCACCCUUUUAAAAGAAACUCAAACAUUUUUAGUAUUUCUUACAAAACUCUUCUCAAUCCUCGCCACCUCGCUGCCCCAUGUUAAAACUGUCAUCUACAGGUAUGACUGUCACUGGUUUACGCACAAGCAUGACAAGCCCGACGGUACCGCCGCAAACUGCAUCAGCCGCCAUCACCACCACCAUGACCAUGACCAGCCCCAGCACGUUAGUUGUCAGUCCGGCACAUUUGAUAGGUGGCAAUACGAAUAACAACAGCACUAAUGCCAGUCCCAACAAUAACAACCUCAAUCGGAGCGGCAGCAAUAGCAGUCCCACAUCACCUUCCACACUAAUCUUAACACAUCAGCAACAUCAAACGUUGCAACAGCAGUUGUUACCACUACAUGGCCAUCAGUCAACACUUAAUCACCCGCAUCAAUUGAACAAUAAGACCAGUUCACGUUUAAGUAAUUUCAGCGUUGCUUCUUUACUCGCGGAUACGCGACCUGCUGCAAAUCUCUCACCAACACGCACCCACAGCACGGACACGAUGCAAACGGAGCCACGUAAUUUGUCAAGCAAUACGCCAGCCGUCACAUUAUCACCUGUUUCGCCAGCUGGCUCCUCGCCCGCCUCUCCUAAUGCAACGCACAGCACGCAAGCGUUGCCACCUCAUCUAACCGCUAAUCAUCCGCCACAUCAGCAUCCACAUGCGCAUUUUCAUCCUGCUGCCGUAGCGCAUCAUGCACAUUUGUUGCACGCCGCCGCUGCCGCACACGCGCAACAACAACACGCCGCCGCUGUGGCUGCCGCAGCAGCGGCACAACAAGCUGCUGUCGCAGCAGCAGCAAGUGGCGGUGGUGUUGGUGCGGCGCAUUUACAUAGUUCAGCGACGGCACAUUUGCGGCACAGCUUAAGCGCCGGUUCAGCGGAGGCGCCCACAAAUCUGGUCACCACGGAAGGUGGCAGUAGCAGCGCGACGCAACAUCAACAUUCCGCAGCGGCACGCCUCUCGUCACCUUCCGCGCAUAUGAGUGGUCCCAAUGGCGAAACGUCAUCUUCAUCUUCCGCAACAGCAUUAUUGGCCAAACAUGAACGGCAUUCGCCCAUCGGCAGCUCUGUAGACUCGGAACUGGAGUAUGAUGAUGACUAUAAUGAGCAUGAGCAUGAUGGUGAACAUGAACAUGAUGAGGAUGAAGAUUCAAUUGUCGAUAUUGAAGAUAUGAAUGCGGACGACUCGCCGCGUUCAACACCGGACGGCAUGGAUAGCAGUAAAUCGCCAGAGGCGCUUAGCAAUCAUAUGCCCAAUUCACCGCAUCUACUCUCACCAGCUGCGCUGGCCGCCUCCGGGCAUGUGCCCAUCCGACCGACACCAUUCAGCGCUCUAGCCGCUGCGGCUGUGGCGUGGGGUGGCAUUGGCGGUGGUGUGCCGUGGCCGGGGGCGCGUCAAAUGCCGCCAUUCGGACCGCCUGGUCUGUUUCCGGGUCAAGGAUUCGGUGGAGGUGAUAACAACGAACCGCCCCGCAUUAAAUGCAAUUUGCGCAAACACAAACCGAAUCGCAAGCCACGUACACCCUUCACGACACAACAAUUGUUGUCGUUGGAGAAGAAAUUCCGUGAAAAACAAUAUUUAAGCAUAGCCGAACGUGCUGAAUUCUCCUCAUCACUGCGUUUGACCGAGACACAAGUGAAAAUCUGGUUUCAAAAUCGACGCGCCAAAGCGAAACGAUUACAAGAAGCCGAAAUUGAGAAAAUCAAAAUGGCAGCGCUGGGACGAGGCGGACCGGGUGCGCAAUGGGCAAUGGCCGGCUACUUUCAUCCGAGUCUAAUGCAUUUAGGAUAAAGCGCAGAAGCACCCAAAGUAAAAGAACUUCUUUUAAACAAAGUCAUCUUGCUGUUUCUACGAACAAAGAGCUAAUUUCAGUUCGUAUAUGUAUAAUACAUUUCUUUUCAUUAGUUGAGUUAUAGUUUAAUUUAAGAACUCCAUAUUCGUAGUUUUACCCAAAUUGCUGUGAUGUUAGCGCAUUUUACAUUAUAACUGUAAAUAUACAAAAAAAAAAAAAAAGAAAUAGUAAUUUUAAGUAAAAUGAAAA